AUGUCACACGUCCCAUCCAACCCUACUGUCUACCAGCUACAUGGCCAGAUGAAUAAUUCAAUACUUGAACUGAAGUCCAAUACGUUGGAUCUCUCGCUUCGGAUACCCACGUUAAAUGAUAUCGUCACAUUGAAGGAUAUCCUUACAAACAAAGCAAACUCGGAGUUCGACAAAUCCAUCUCCGACGCCACAGCUGAGGAUCUCGAAUCCAUUGCAAAGCGAUGGACAACAGUCUCCGAGCCGCCGACAUAUCGCAAUUUUCUGGUAUGGCAUGAGAAUAAGCCCAUUGGAAUCGCUGGGCUUGGCUGGAUCGGCCCAUACAUUGAGGGUCAACCGGAAGAUGCACCGAGAGCCGGGGCGGCGGGGGUGAUUAUUCAACCCUUUGCCCGGGGGAGAGGGCUUGGUUAUGAGGCACUACGUAUUGUUUUUGAUUAUGGAUUUUGUGAGCUGGGACUACAGGAAAUUCGAGUUGGUAGUCAUUCUGGGAAUAUUCCCAUGAGAGCGUUGAUGGAGCAGAAGUUUGGAUUGAAUACCGAAAUACUUAUCGGGACAGAGGUCGACCAGUUUGGAAAUGAUCUCAAGUGGACUAUCCAAAGAGAAGAUUGGCAGCAUAGCCCUAAGCCUCUUAUCAGAUUCUGA